AUGUAUCAAAAUGGCCAAAGGGACGCAACGCGUCCCUUUCAGGUGCCCCCUCCGCCGCCGCCCAUGUCCCCGCCGCCCGCCGUCGGGAUGAAUAACAUUAUGAACCUUCCUCCUCCCCCACCACGAUACCCGGGUGCACCAGGAGCAGGCGGCGGCGUUAUGCUACCUCCUCCUCCAGGACCGCCCCCUAACAACUCAUUUCCAUCGAGCGCUUUACCACCCCCCAGCGCCCUAGGCUCCGCCCCAUGGCACGGUGCCUGGGGACGCGCCUACGAUGGCCGGACGACGUUCAAUAUCCCGCCGCCUCCCCCGGGCGGUGUGGGGGGCUUGCAGGCAUACAAUCCCAAGCUUCACGCGCAAGCAAUUGCGGCGGCGGCCGCAGCCGCCGCAGCUCCCUCGCCGGGCACCACGCUGUCGAUCCCCCCGCCUCCGCCGCCGAGCGAGCAGAUGAGCGCGACCUAUAUACCUCAGGGGGAUACUUAUGGUGAAGGUGUUGGCAUUCCGGGACUCGGUUUAGCUGACGAUGGCGGCCUAGGCGGCUGGAGCGCAGGCGGCCAGAUGGACCUGGGAAUGGGUACCCCCUUGGACGAUACACCGGGCCGCGACAGACUAUACAUUACUUCAAUGACCAAUAGGGUGUCGUCAACCACGAGCAACUCUGCGACCGCGUCCGCAAUUCCGCCCGAGUUAGCAGUCCAAUGGCCCAUGGACAAGGUCCAACUCUGGCUCCAAGCAAAUCAAUUCUCCCGGGACUGGCAGGUGACAUUUAAGACGCUGAACCUCCACGGAGCGCAGUUCCUGGAGCUUGGUAGCGGCCAUGGCGGCCGCGGAAACUUUGGCAUGAUGCACCAGCAAGUGUACCCUGAGCUUGCAGAGCAAUGCUCCAAGAGCGGGGCCGGCUGGGACCAGCCCAAGGAGAGGGAGGAGGGAAAAAGGAUGCGACGACUGAUUCGCGGCAUUGUGACAGGGCGGCCAAUUGAUUCAUCUAGGGCCUCAGUGGGUCAUUCACGCAAGGAGUCUACUAUUGCGAGCAUUUCAUCGAGUGCCGGGCCAGAUUCUGCCGACUCGCCGAAUACCCCUAUCAAGGCUCCUGGCCCUGGAUUCGGUGGGCGCAGGCUAUCGCAGUCGCGGUCGACGACGAUGCCGACGCUUGGCAAGGCCCUGAGCUCAGAGUCAAACCACAGGACUACCAUUAUGAAAAAUCUUGAGAUUGAUAACAGCCGGCGGCACAGCCCAAGCGCUAGCGAGUCUGGAGAGACAGGCACAUUUCACGGCUCGGCACCUCUGGGCAGGGACAGUCCUGGUGGAAGCCCUAACCCCUCGUCUGCGCUCUUCCCGUCCUCAACCAUGGGCAACCUAUCGGCAUCGCCACACAGCAGCAGAUUCGGGCACCGCUCGCGGAACAGUACUGACUCGGUAUCUUCGAAUGCAGCUAUCUAUGGGUCCGGGGUCCCGGCUGACGCAGCCGCGAUGCUGAAAAGCGGCAUGAACAUUGCUGAAAUGAUCAACGCGACCCGCAAUUCAGAUGCGAAUAGUCGGCGGUAUGGUCAAGAUGGUGGUCGGCCCUCGCCCCAGGACUCGGGUGACAGGAGUGCUGGGACAGACCCCCCUGGCAGUGCGAAGGGUUCCGCGUCGUUUCUGUCGUUCUUGUCUCGUAAAAAGAGGAAGGAAGACGGAACCCUUGGCUCUCCUGAGGACCAGGAGUCUCCGACCAGCCCAGCAAUCAAUUUUAAGCUACACUCACUGGGGGGUCGUGGGGGUAAUGCGAGUGAGACCUCGUUAGAACGGCCUCUUUCCAGCUUCUCGGCGCAGGACUACGCUUACGCAGCUUCGCUCCGCCCGAGACGGGCCGGGGCGGCUCGGUGCUUCAUCCUGGCUACGACUGACUGUUGGAACUACCGUAUGGUUGACGUGACAGAUGCAGAGGCUGCUGCAGAUUUACGACACUUGAUUUGUCUCAACCUCGGGCUGCCAGAUGACGAGCACGCCCAGAUAUACCCAACUGAACUGGGAAAGUUUGAGCAUGAGGUGCCGUUAGACGACCAGAGGCUUGUGGUCAACAAGAAGGAGAAAGCAGACGCCAUUGGUUCACUGAAACUAUUUGUGCGUCCCGGCGGAUCCCAGCAGUCGGCACUCCAGUCGAGAGCCCAGGGCGACCAGACGUCUUCACCGAUGCAUCUCGGCAUGGCCAUGGACGAAGAGGCAUACGCUCGGCUCAAUGGACAACGGCAGCGCUCAAGUUCAUCGCCCCCGGCUUCGAGACAGAAUACUAUAUCGUUGAAAGACCGGGACGAGAAAAUGCUGACGACUGAAGCGCACGAGUAUAGGGCGGAGCAGCUCAAGAAACAACAGGAGUAUCUUGCAAAGCGGAAGCAGCUAUCCAAGGAAACCAGUCCAUCAGUAGACGCGUCCUACGGCAUUGUGGGCAGGAAUGUCGAUUUCGACCAACCGCGUCACUCGCCGUUUGAGGACAAGAAGCUGGAUAAUCUGCUUCCGCAACGCAAGGCGCCUGCGCCGCCUGGAGAUCCAUCAGCCACGCUAAUAAAGGCGAAUUCGCUGAGCAAGAAGACAGGCCAAGGUUUGCGACUGUCUCAAGGUAGCAUGGAAGGGGGACAUCAGAAGCGAACGUCGUCCGAUUUACGCGAAGAGGCAAUGUUUGAGAAGCAAAGACGACGAGCUCCCGCGCCAUCUCCCGCCGGAAGUAUUCACGGACUAUUGGUUGGAAUGGCAGGACGCAUGGGCGGCAUUGGACAUCCGUCAGCUGGCGACUCCAGGGGCCUGUCGCCGAACCGGGUCGCUUCCGCACCCGUGACAAAUGGCGAGUUGGGCGAGCGAGGUAAGGGAGCCAUGUCGACCGUUGACUUUGGGCAGCGCGGGAGGUCUGGUUCUGGCGCAAGCAGUCCGAGGACGGGAGGCGUGCCCGGAUCGCCAGGCUCUACUACUUGGAGCCUGAAGAACGUGCCGUUCCUCGUGCCGGACUACUCGCCAGGCGGGACUCCCCUGUUGCUCCGGAGCAUUGACGAUGACAAGUUCGACGGAGAAAUCUCCGGCCCGAACAGACCCCAUCAUGGAACAGUCGCUAAGAUGCGCCAAGUAGCACGUGUUCCGUCUCCCGGAAGCAUCAGCCCCAGCUCCCGCAGAAGGCCAAGUGACUCGUUUGGAGGCCAACACAGCAGCAAGCGCAAGUCGCACGGCCCGGAUGCCGACUUCCAGGAGAACGAGGUCAGUUUCUCGCAGAGCUCUACCCUAACCGGUCAAGUAUCUGCCGCCGAUAAUUCGGACGAUGACGAUUCAGACGACGGCCUUUUUGCUAUUCCCAUCUCGGCGCGAGUCUCUACCCUCAACAAGGACAAGACCCCAACGGCCACCAAAUUCGAAAAUAGGAACGGGGACUUGGAUCGUAGCGGCAAGCGCCCUAGUUUAAGACUUAACACGGACCGCUCCAAGAAGAGCCUCUCUGUAGCCUUCACAUCGCCGCAGUCGAGCGUUGGAGCCAAGACGCCGGCCGACGACGACGAUGGGGAAGGAGCGAGCGCUCGGAGUGCCAAGUCCUCACAGAGGCGCACGCCAGGCACACCGCGCUCCGAAGGCUGGGAGUCCGAGGAUCGCGACAUGAAACUGAGCAGGCGCAAAUCAUUCAUCGAGAAAGACGUAUGGGCUAACCGGCCACCGACGGACGCUCUUAUUAACAACCUCGAAGACUUUUUCCCAAACCUAGAUGUUGAUCAGCCAGUCCUCGAGGAGGGCGAGCAAGAGAUGCCCCCUUCUCCCAUUGCCGAGGCAGACGAAGGGCAAACCGGGAACGUGGGAUCAAAUGGCGAUAGUAGCAGACCCCCUCUGUUGCCAACCUUGCCGUCCGGCCUUUCAUCCAACAGAAUCUCUUCCAUCUACAACGAGACGGACACGCUUGGCUCGGACGAGUCUACUCUGAAGGCCCUUGAGUCGCGCCCCGUCUCCAUGCAGUCGCUAGCGCACCGCAGUGUUCGGCGCUCGGGAGGAUUAGGCCGCAUGAAAUCGAUUAGAGAGGUUGCCCGCGGAGCACACGAGGCCAACAAGCGUUAUACGCAGACAUCAGCCCAGCUGAGUGCACAAGCGACUCCAGCUGGGGUCAGCAACCAAACCAAUCUGAUGCGCCGCAAGAGCACCAAGAUGUUCAAUGCCAAUAUCGUGCAGAUCCGGCCGGAGCGCGGCUCCCUGAACAUGGCCGGACUCGCCCUCAGCGCCAUAGCACAGGACAGCCUGCCCCAACAGGACAAGCGUGACAGCAUUCCUAAGCGCCAGACCACGUUCCGUUGGUUCAAGGGCCAGCUAAUUGGCAAAGGCACGUUUGGUCGCGUGUACCUCGGCAUGAACGCCACGACGGGCGAGUUUCUGGCUGUCAAGGAGGUGGAGGUCAACCCCAAGGCCGCUCAGGGCGAUAAGAAGAAGAUGCAAGAACUUGUCGCAGCCCUCGACCAGGAGAUUGACACCAUGCAGCAUCUGGACCACGUCAACAUUGUGCAGUACCUUGGGUGCGAGCGCAAGGAGACCAGCAUCUCCAUCUUUCUAGAGUACAUUUCAGGUGGAUCGAUUGGCUCCUGCCUGCGCAAGCACGGGAAGUUCGAAGAACCGGUGGUGGCGUCGCUUACACGGCAGACGAUAUCUGGCCUGGCUUACCUGCACCGCGAGGGCAUUCUGCACCGUGACCUCAAGGCCGACAACAUCCUUCUGGAUCUGGACGGCACUUGCAAGAUAAGCGACUUCGGCAUCAGCAAGAAGACAGACAACAUAUAUGGCAACGACAAGACGAACUCGAUGCAGGGUUCCGUCUUCUGGAUGGCGCCCGAGGUGAUCCGCUCCGAGGGGCAGGGCUACAGCGCCAAGGUUGAUAUCUGGUCGCUGGGCUGUGUAGUUCUCGAGAUGUUUGCCGGCCGCCGGCCCUGGAGCAAAGAGGAGGCCGUCGGGGCCAUCUACAAAAUUGCAAACGGAGAGACACCGCCGAUUCCGGAUGACAUUCGGGAGGAGAUUAGUCCCAUCGCCAUUGCAUUCAUGCUCGACUGUUUCACCGUAAACCCAUCCGAGCGUCCAACGGCCGAUGUGCUACUGUCUCAACAUCCAUUCUGCGAACUUGACCCCAACUACAGCUUCCUAGACACUGAUCUGUAUGCUAAGAUCAGGGGUACCUAUUAA